UUAUACAGUUGAUUUGCUGAAAAUAUGAAGUGUAUAUAAAAUAAAAUUUUGAGAACAUCAUGCGUGCUAGUGUAGCGCAUGGAAAAAUUGGGUCGAUGUGCGAAAGAUGGCGGCUACUGCGUGGUGUGCGUGAAAAAGAUUCGUGCGUAGAUUUUGUCUGUAGUUUUUAUCAAAACAUGACAAAAUAUGGAAAAAUCUAUUUACAUGUGCACAAGGCUACUAUAGGUGAAAGAUUCGUAAUGUUGAUGAAUAUUCAGAUUCCAUGUUUCCCAUCCGCGUAAAAGUCGUUUGUUUACGAUAAAGUUUGUAUAAUACUUCAACGUGAAGUGAAGUGUUGCAAGGGAAAAAGAGACCCUAACAUAGACGAGAUUGGAGAUCAAGUGCAGCCGGACUUCGGCCCGGUAAGAAGAUCAGUAGAGAUGCUGAAGCAAUUGCAAAUGGGGAUGAGAGCUUUUCUCUUGAUGGCCUCCCGAGUGUGGACAUGCGUCUUCUUUCUUCUCAAGAAGCAGGUUAGAGCCAUAUCACAAAUGCAACCUGUUAAAUAUGAAAUCUUCCCAUUAUCUCCAUUAUCAAGGCAUAGACUUAGUAUAGUUAAAAGGAUAUUAGUAUUGGAUUUAGAUGAAACAUUAAUUCACUCUCAUCAUGAUGGAGUGGCAAGGCCAACAGUUAGAUUUGGUACACCACCAGAUUUUAUUCUUAAAGUGAAGAUAGACAGACAUCCUGUCAGAUUUUUUGUCCACAAAAGACCACAUGUAGAUUUCUUUUUAGAUAUUGUUAGUCAAUGGUAUGAAUUAGUGGUUUUCACUGCUUCCAUGGAAAUCUAUGGUGCAGCUGUUGCAGAAAAGUUAGAUAAUAACAGGGGUAUAUUAAGAAGAAGAUAUUAUAGACAACAUUGUACUCCAGAAAUGGGUUCCUAUACUAAAGAUUUAUCUGCAAUUUGUUCUGAUUUAGCAUCAGUCUUUAUACUUGAUAAUAGUCCUGGAGCUUACAGAGCCUAUCCUCAUAACGCAAUACCAAUAAAGUCUUGGUUUAGCGACGCGGGAGAUACUGCUUUAUUGAGUUUACUUCCUGUUUUGGAUGCUCUUCGUUUUACACAAGACGUACGGUCCGUUCUUUCAAGGAAUUUACAUUUACAUCAUACUUGGUAGCAUAGUUUGGAUUAAGUAAUAAAUUAGAUUUAUUAGAGAUCGAGCUGCAAAACGUUUAGCGUGUUUAAUCUAGGAUUAUUGUUAUUGGUAAUAGAUAUAGGAUGCUGACUAAAUGAUGAGACGAUGAUCCCUGAUCCCCUGUCCUCAUUUUCUACGCUCGUUAGAAAAUAAAAACGUAGCGAGUAAGUCUGAAAGGGAAUGGGACCUUUAACCAAACUAUUUACAUUAGCACAAAAUGUCCUGAUAUUUUCGUUAUGUUCAUGUGUGCGCAAUAAUAUAUAUAUAUAUACGUAUGCGUACACAACACAUAUACAUACACAAAUCGAGAGAGAGAGAGAAAGUGGGCUUUCUUAAAAAAAGAAAAAAUGUAUUUGCCAAAGAUUGAGAUUUUAAAUUAAUAUAGAUUUAUACGUAUAUUUCACUUGAAAUAAUUUUGUUCUAAGUGAAAAUAUUAUACAAAACGUUUUAAGUAUUUUGCCACACAUGAUAAAAAAAGUGUUAUAUUUUUUAAACGAAUUAUUUCUGUUAUAUAUAAUAUUAUUAAACAUAAAAUAUAGUAUAAAAAAAAAAUAAAAAAAAUACUAAGUCACAGUUUAAACGGACUUUGCUGUAACUCACUGUAUCAGUGAGGCAGUUAUCCUGAAUAUAUCUAAUAAUAAAAAGAAGUAUUAAUGAACUAUAAAGAAGCGAUAUUUGAUUUCAAUAAAUUUUUCGAAAAAUGGAAAUUGUUUAAUUGUAUGUACGAUGUUAUACAUCAAAAAGAAGUACGAAUGAAGUAACAGUAAAUAGAUGAAAUCGUGCAUAUACCUAUAUACUUUAUUUGUUUAUUUCAUCAUUCAAAAAUACUAUUAAAAAUUAUUAUAGUUUAUACAAUGAUAGGAAAUGUAUUUGUUGCAGAAUGAUGAUUGAGUGAAUGAACAAUGUAAUCAAGCGAUUAAACAUUUUACAUAGCAUUUAUACAUGUAUAUUAUGUAUGUAUAUGUAUAAAUGUUAGUUUUACUUAAUUAUAAAAAUUCGAUUUAAAAAAUAUGCCCAUGUGCACAAGAAUGAAAUAAUGAUACUUUGUUCUCAAAUAAAUUAUAAAUAAUUGAGAACAUUUGUUUAUUUAUUGACAUAUAUCAAACAAAUUGCUCACAUGGAUUUAUAUUAUUAAUAGUAAUUUAUUCCAAAGUAAGAAGAGCCAUGGGUAAUAGAUAUAGGAUAAGGCAGGAUUAUAUUACACUCAAUAAAAAUAAUGUCUUUCUGUACAUAGUAAACCUAUAUGUACAUGUAUGGAUGUUCUGUUAUCACAUACAUGCAACUAUAUGUAUAUGUUAAGAAAAAAUAUUAAUUUUUUAAUUUCAAAUAUACAUUGCAAACAACUUGUAUAAACAUAGUCCAUAACUAAAUAUGGUUCUAUGUAUCGCGAUUGUCUUUUUAAAUUCAAAUAUGGAUUAAAAUGUACAUAUUUAGUUUAUAAAGAUAAA